AGUAACUUUACCAUUAAACAAUGAAAUGGUGAUUACAUGUUUUCUAAUUAAUAAUGAUGAAAUUUACUAGUUACAUUUCUGUAAAAACAGAGGAAAAAAAUGUCAGAGUGGAAAAAACGGCUCUCUGCACUGGAGCUUUGCUUUCUCUGUACUUAAGCACUCUGGUUUAAUUGUGGUACCUACAGCAGGAGUGCUGUCAGGACACACCCAUACAUGCCGAUUGAUAUCAUAUGAAAUACGAUACCAUAACAUAAAUACAUGUUAUCAAUCACUAAUCAAAUCUGAUUAAAAAAAAGGUUUAAGGUUUUAGGUUUAAGUUAUUAUGAAAGUUAUUCUUCUGUUGCUGUAUUUGCUGCUGCAGAAUUCUCAUAGAUUUGUAUUCAGAAUUUUGUUCUUCUUAUAAUUUGCAAACAGCUACAGUCUCAGAGAUACAUAGUGUCUGCCAUGAUGCAAAUACUGCAGCAGGAUGGGCCUCUCAGAAUUUCACCCAAACCACAACCUUUUACUAAACCUAACCAAAAAAACAAGUGAAAGCAAAACCAAACAGGAUAGGAACUGCAGUCUGCAGGUUUACAGUCUUGUGAUCUAUACCCCACCCCCCAUCAUGCCUGUGUACUUACAUAAACUUUAAAGCAGGUGUAAACACACCAAUGAGACAAACAGGACCAGAUUAAGGCAUAUGCAUGCAUCACCUUUCUAAACUCUGAAGUCUUAGGGUUAUUAGUACAGUACAAACAUAUAAUUAAUAGAGAAAAAUUACUUCUGUACAAAACAUUUGCUAUUCGCUGAAACUGACCACUAUUAGAGAUCAGCCGUUCCCAAACUCAAAUAUCAAAGCCCACACAUGGUCAUGUGGAAGAGAAAGUAAGCCCUCUGUUAAUUCUUAAGUUUUAACAGCGAGUUUUAGAAUCAUCUGGUCCUUCUCGGGUAUUAAGAUUGAUUAAAUACAACCUCAGAUGAACAGCAAAGCACGUCGUGUUACACACUGACAUUAUUUGUCUAACAUAGACUAAACCAAAAUGCAGAAGCAAUCUAAAACUAAGUGAAAAACUAAGUAGAUGCCAUGCUUCUAUAACCACCCUUAGCAGCCAAAAGUUGAAGUCAUUGUUUUCUGUGUGACAUUUUCAGCCUCUCACAUCGCUGUGGAGGAAUUUCGACUCUUUGACCUUGAUUCUUUUCUUUUUUCUGUUGUAGGUUUGCUGCUGUGCAGACAGUUGGUAUGAGGUUUUUGUACUGAUAUGCUGUGAUUGCCACAUUUUGGUGAAAACCAAUGUGUAUUUUGGAUGCACAUCACCUCAUGAUGAAAACACCCCACUGCAAAUAAAUAAACAGUUUAUUUAUAAUACAUUUUCAGAUUAUGACGAUAACAUGCCGAUUAACAAUCUUUAAAGAACAUAAAAAAUCUAACUGUGGGACCAGAUUAAUGUUACAGAAAAUAGUUAAUCUGGUGAUUUAGUGCAAAGAGGUGUAAAUAUUUUAAUUUGAGUGAAUUAUCUCACGGCUGAGUGCUGCUCUUUAUUUGUAGGAUGAAUCGAGCUUUGAAACUUUUGGAUAUUUUUAUUUUUAAUGCACAAAAGGACGAGAGCGCGACGGUAAAGUGCUAAGUGCAUCCAGCAAUAACGCCAAGAUAGCCAAGAAACCAGAGUAAUGUUAUAGCUGAGUGAAUGCCGACCCCAGCACAACAAACGGAUGAGCAGUCAGGCUGGAGCCAGUGUUCGCGUUUCUUCAGUAGAAUCACUGUAGCGAUUGAUUUGAAGUCUCUGUGCUGGUUUUGAACUUUGUGCUGUCGACUUUUUGUUCAUACCUAAAUCUAAGAGAAAAUCAUAUGUGUGUACUCAUUAGGACAGUGAUUUGUGUUGGUGUGUUGGGCUCUAGCCUCAGGUUUAUAUUUUUGAAUGGUGAUUGUGAGACAGUGUGUUUCAGAUCAUUUUACAGAGGGAUGCAAAAGUAAUGCAAAAAGUAGUAAUUAAGUACAUUACUUAAUUACUCAAGUUACAUACUGCAUUACUUUUAAGAAAAGUAGUCUGUAAUUUGUGUAAUAUGUUACUUCCUGAGUAGUUAACCCAACACUGAUCACAACAAAGAGGGGAAAUAGCUUCAGCAUUCACUAACAUCUGACCCACAGCAUAGAGUUCAUUUGCAUGCACGUAAUGUCUUUGAUAUGCUGCUUAGCGAUGGCGGCGACCCUCAAAGCGGAGCCAGUGGAAACCCAGUGAGAAUCAAUAAGUGAUAUGGAAUCGCUGAAUUCUUAAUAAUUCCCAUCCCUACUUAUCAUUUUCAACUUGAAGACUCGGAUUACAUUAUUAGGGGCGUGGCAACUUCCCCAGCACUUUUUUUUUUUAUAAGGAGCCACAACUAAAAAAAUAAACAAAUAAUUCAGCGCUUCAUCCUCUCUUUCCAAAUAUGAUCACUUACCAGGUGACGCUGCUUUUAAAUGUAGGGUCCAAAACCAACGGGUCACAUUAAACAGUGGCUACCUCCAUCUUUUCAAUACAGUCUGUGGAUCAUAGGUGGUUUAAUGACUACAUGUAAAUCAAUUAGUAAACUGUGUGUGUGUGUGGAGGAAGUCGAUUGGGUGAAGGUGGAGUUUCUGGGGUGGGCGGUGCAGCUCGGCAGCACGCUAAAGAUCAAACUGGCUCCGGUCUGUGCGUCAGUGUUUUUCAUGUGUCUCGCGGAGACGUGGGUAAAAAGGACAAUUAUUACUGAGGCUCGAGCCCUUCUUUCGUUAAUUCAUAGUUCUCUGAGACUCUUCGAGGACCUUUUCCCCUUUAAGGUGUUCCUGUGUUUCCGCGCCGCGGCUCAGUGACCUGAAGGAGGCUUGAUGAGUGGAAGCAGCGACGCAGAAUUUCAUGUGCAUCUCAAACCCCACACACAUGGAUGUCAGGAGGAAAAGGUCCAAUGAUGCUGCCCACAUCGGUCUACUCGGUUUCAACAACUACUAGUCACAUCAGCCACCUGGUCAGUCACCGCAACACACCUGAAGAAGACGAUGAAACCAUGAGCGCAGAGCUGAGAGACCCCAGCAUUCUUUCCAAACCGGAGUCCGCCUCCGACCCUCUGGGCCACCACCCUCUUUCAGACCGUGAUGGCUCUCUGUUCGGCAAGCAGAGGCUGGACACAGAGCAGGAGCACAAGCACAUUAGGAUCUUCCCCCAGUCCAGCUUCUGCCCAUCCCAGUCCUCUCGCAGCUUGCCAGCUGGGUACAGCCCACAAACUCCUUUCCCGAGCCAGGCGUACAGCGGCUGGCUCCACCCGAGUUUCGCCAGCAGCUGGUCGGGAUAUCCCAACAGCCUGCCGUCCUGUCUGAGCCAAAAAGAUUACUCCAGCUGUUCUGGAGAGAGCUGCCUCUCCAGAUGCAAGUUCCUGUCCCUCCCCGGCACUCACAGCAGCAUGGGCAGCUUAGAGCAGCCGCUCUCGCUGCGCUCCAACCCGCCUUCAGCCAACCUGUGCCACCACACGUUAUCGCCGUACUCGUGUGCACCACAGGGGCCCGCCUGCUGUGCUCAGUGCCCUGCAGACGCCUUCAACAGGGAGCCUGUGGGCAACAAGCAUCCCUGGCCUGAGUACCAUCCAGCUUACCGCCAGUACUAUGCAGGUGACUGCAGAGUUCCUGCAGGUGGAUUCACACAGAUUGGACACAACGUUCCAGUCAAAGAGAAGCGCCCUCCUUGCAGCGCGCCGCUGUCUCUGGAGCAGAGGCGUGUCUUCGUCACUUAUGAAGCAGACAACGAUAAGCAUGUCAACGAGAUCAUCAACUUUGUGGCUCUGCUGCGACACAACGGCUUUGACACGCACAUCGACAUUUUCGAGCAGCAGUUCAGAAGCAUAAGCAAGAUUGACUUCAUGGAGCGAUACCUGAGUGAGAAAGAGUACCUCAUUAUCAUCAUCAUCAGCCCCAAGUACUACGAGACGGUGACCGCCUCCCCUGCUGGCCUGGAGAGCGACGAGAGGACCUACAACACGGUUUACAUACAUAAACAGCUGCAGAAUGAAUUCAUCCAGAAUGGAAGCAAGAAUUUCAGGUUCAUUCCUAUCCUGUUCCCCGGGGCUAAAAAGUGCCACGUCCCUAACUGGCUCCAGAACACACACGUAUAUGGAUGGCCACGUGAUCGGGAUGACAUCCUGCGGCGGCUGAUGAGGGUCGAGAAGUACAACCCACCUCCUAUCGGGGAGCUUCCGACCAUAGUCUCCAUCCCCAUUUAAAAAAACUCUGAGCUGGAUUCACAGACUGGACUUAAAUCUUAUUGGCUGUUGGUCAUUAAUGAGGUGAACAGGGUGAUGAGGUGCUUUUGUGAACAGAUGGAUAUUGUGUGUUUGUUUAAAUUAACAUAUAGAAAAGUGCCAGUGUUUGUCUGAGAUAGAGGUGCAGACUCAGGCUGCUUUUUUUUUUUUUUUUUUUUUAAAUAUAUAUCUUUGCAGUUGUGCAUCAUGCUGUAUGUGCACUGGUGCUACUCCAACUCGUGUUUUUUUUGUUGUUGUUUUUUUGUUUUUUUAAGGGGGGUCUAUUAUCAAUCCCAGCCCCAGCUAUUGUUACUCUUGUAAUCGGCAGCUUUGCCUGAUUCACAGAUCAAAGCAAUCCUUAUUCAUUGUACAGGUGCAGAGACCGAGGAGAGUGCAAGCCAUGUUGUUUUGUUAAAGCUACAGUUUGCACAUGUCGCCUGAAUGCGUCGUGUGCAGGUAAUUAUGAAGUUGCGUUUUUGAAAAGAACACAGCUGUGAGGACACAGUGUCUGAAUGUGAGUGUGCAGAACAGGCAGAAUGGUGUGUGUGUGCAAAAAAACCAAUUAAAUUUUAUGUGAGAACCGUUUGGGGAAAGCUUUUGUUUUCACACUCUUCAAGCACCUAUGUUGGGCUUAAACUGAGGGUGUGCCUCCUAGCUGAUGGUUACACUUGAUUUAUAGGACUAGUAAAUUGCUCCUCAAGAAUUUACGCUUCACGCAGAGCACAGCAGGGAAAACGCUGAUAGCAGAACAGGUUUCAACCCCAACUUUACCACUGCUUUCACUCAGGGCCCAACAAUGCUGCCAGAUUUCACCUGGUGGAACAUCGGUCGAGCUGGGCGAACAGUAGAUACACGGGUUCAACAGCCUGGGAUUUACUUUAUGUAUAUACACUGAUCUCCUUGUACCUGUUUAUAUUAAACAUCUGGAACUGGAGCGAUAUACAGUACUGUGCAAAAGUCUCGAGUCACUGCUCAUUUUUUAAAAAUACAUCAUCACCUUUAUUCUCCAAUAUAGCCUAAACUCUCUGAGACGAACCUUCUGCUGAUUUUUCAUACCUCUUGUUCCCUUCCUUACAAAUGGCUUCUUCACAGCCUUUCACUGAGACCACUUCUUAUGAGGCGUCAGUGAACAGUAGAUGGAUCAAGUGAAUGGCCAGAUGUGUCUCUCAGGUCCUGUGUUAGGACCGGAGGAUCUUUUGUUUCCCUGUUACUUAGGGGCAUGAUGUUCAGAGACUGUUCCUCUGCUGUAGUUUUUGUUUUUAGACCUGACACUUCUUUGGUUCUCCAUGUGUCCAGUUCUCCCCCCCCCCCAGUGCACUUUGGGAAUCACCUUGGUGAUGUAAACAUACUAUUUUAUGUCUCUCAAACUGUGUUAGCUUUGGCUUUUUUCAUAGAAUAAACAAAAGACACGGAAAUACAGUAUCCAACCAGCAGACUUGCAAAAACGCCAAGAGAUACAAUUUAAAGAGUUUCUUUGCCAAGUUGUCUGUUUCGUAAAAAUACAACUGGUUCAUCCGUUGAGUUAGGUGCCUUUUUUGUGCUCUGGUGAUACGUAGGUGACUGAGUGGCUUAACUAACAAAAGAAGUUCCUCUGAAAAUGGACAGGUACAAGGACUGGGCUGAAAGCUCAAGUCUACUAAAAGUCUGGCUCCUUGGAAGUAAAAUGUGAAGAAAUGAAGUGUGGCUCAGGACUUUCACACAGUACAGCAUGUGACAGAAAUUUAGGCAAAACAUAAUAGUUCCCCUUUAAUUUUACAGCCUGAAAACACAGAUUCAUGAAUAAGUGUUUGUUUGUUUUACUGGACAUCUCCUACGCGUUACAAACAGAUGUGUAUGUGUUUGAGUGGAACAUCAGGGCUCUCACUUACGAUGUGCAAACAUUGACCCAGAUACUAUAUUCUCUCAGCCUUUGACUCCAAUUACAGGUGCCUGUUCAUUUUAAACAGCUGCUCAACUGGACGCAUAACACAUAGUGGUUUGCCAUCGUGUUUUCUUAUAUUGUGUGUGGUUCGUAUUGUUUAAAGAGAAUGCAGUUGUGGGUACAAAUGGUUUGUGGCUUUUGUAUUUGCUCAGUGACGAUUCAUUUAUACCUCUCUGUAAGCUGCACCUGAAUUCAUUUUCUCUUACCCACUUUUGUUAAUUUAUGUUCCAACUAAGUUAUUCUUAAAAAUUUUUAGCAUUUUUUUUUUUCUGUAUGAGCGUUAAAGUGUGUGUUUUUUUCCCCUUUUUAGCGUCUAACCUUUCGUACUGAAUAACAAAAAGAGCGGGGGGUAAUCUGUUUUUCAUCUUCCUUCUGCAUUGGAAACUAUUCUCAGGGGAUCCUUGAUGCUAGAUGUUACAAUAAAAGUAUUGGAUGACUGAAAAGUGUGUUGGCCCAUGUCAGACUUGCCCCUGAGCUGUCGUCUUAAAAAAUACACGAGCAAGCAUUUGUAAAAUUGGUCCCAAAAAAAUACAGACAAGCAGAGGCACGCUGCUGGGCUUUGUGGGGCUUCUAAAAAAAAAAAGCAAGCUAAAUUUUUCUGUUUAGGAACGAACCAUGAGAACUUGAAGGUUUGAUUGCAGAUGUGUCAACACAUCGCUGCCUCUGACGCCUCCAUGAGAAAUCCAACCGAGUUGCUUUGUCUGCUAACAAAGCCUCAGAAGCGGCGCUGCAGUCGAAUUACAUCUGCUGCCUUUCCUCGUGUUAUGAAAAAACUUCAACAGGAUGUUGUAUAAAGAUAAUUAGCUGACACAGCUGCCUGCUUCAACUGUGGUACGGCUUCUCAAGAAUCUGCAAAUUUAGACUCAAAUGGGUCAUCGCAGGCUGGCUGUGGUUAGAGAAAAAUCUUAUGUAAUGCUGUGACACAUUUAAAGAAAGCGCCUGCGUGUGCAGAAUAUGACACCACCUCCAUCCUCGCACAGGUUGAAUAAAUACAUUAAAAUCCUGCUUUUUGCACAACUGAUUACAAGCGAGAUACAGAUUAAUGGUUUUAUCUUCACAAGAGGUAACACUGCAGAUGUUCAUACAUUAAGAAAAAAAUCUGAAUACAGUGUUUCAUAUAUCAUCCUUAUAUUGAAAAGUACAUGAAAUAAUAUUAAUUUUAAUAAUAAUAAAAGGACAACGACAUCUGUAAUAAAAGCGGAUUACAAAGUGACAUUUUAUGUAAAUAACUCUUAAGAAUUAGGAGACAAAAAUCAGACAAUAAUUCAAUUUUACUGUAUGUAAAAACACUGAAGUGCUAUUUGUUCAAAGCUACAAAAUACACUUUAAAAAAGCAGGAAGAGUUUUUUUAUUUCCUUCAAGGAAAAGUACUAUAAAAUAAGUUACAGUACAGUGAAUUUGUUCAAACUGACUUUUGUUCCCGUCUUCCAGCCUUUUGUAAGCACAAACAGAAGAAAGUCAUACAGGAGUAGAGAGGGAAAUUGUUUGAAGUCACUUUCCUCAAAAAGGAAACGAGCAGCCGCGCUGUCGUCGAUAACUGUGCAUCUUUAGUGUGUUUGUGUUUACAAUAAUCACACAAAUGUUUCUGAAAAUGUGAAACCUUUGAGCUUUGAGUCUUCAUAGUCUGCUGGUCACGUCGCUGUGGCCUUAGAAGAAAUCUUGGUACUUCAUGAGCUCAAAAAAAAAAAAAAAAAAAAAAAAA